AUGUCCAAAUUAUUUAGAAUCGACUGCGGUUACCAAAACUAUGACUGGGGAAAAAUCGGUUCCUCCUCGGCCGUUGCCCAGUUUGCCGCCAAGUCCAACUCUGCCACUAAGAUUGAUGAAUCUAAGCCUUACGCUGAAUUGUGGAUGGGUACUCACCCUUCUGUGCCUUCUAAAGUGGUAGAUGAUGCUCAGAUGGAAGGAAAGGUGUUGAGAGAUGUUGUGGGCGCCAACCCUACCGAAUACUUGCACCCCUCUGUGGUGGAGAAGUUUGGUUCUGAUAAGGAAUUGCCCUUCUUGUUCAAGGUGUUGUCUAUCGAGAAGGUUUUGUCCAUCCAGGCUCACCCAGACAAGGCUUUGGCCCGUCAGCUUCAUGCUAGUGACCCUAAGAAUUACCCUGAUGACAACCACAAGCCAGAAAUGGCUAUUGCAGUCACCGAUUUCGAAGGUUUCUGUGGUUUCAAGCCUUUGGAGCAGAUCGCUGCCACUUUGCAGACUGUUCCUGAGCUUUACGAUAUCAUUGGCGCUGAAACCGUCAAGGAGUUUGUCGAAGGUAUCAAACCAAACGCCGAAUUGGGCUCCGCCGACGACAAGGCCAACAGACAAUUGUUGCAGAAGGUAUUCGGUAACUUGAUGAACACUCCAGAGGACGUCAUCACAGAAAAGGCCGCUCUUUUGGUUGCACGCGUGGAAAAGGAGCCUGCAACUUUUGACAAGUUGGCACCAGGCUUGGCCGAGUUGACACUCAGAUUGAACAAGCAGUUUCCUAACGACAUUGGCUUGUUCUGUGGCUGUAUGUUGUUGAACCACGUCCGUCUUCAAGUUGGCGAAGCCAUGUUUUUGCAAGCCAAGGACCCACACGCCUACAUCAGUGGAGACAUCAUCGAAUGUAUGGCUGCAUCGGACAAUGUGGUUAGAGCCGGAUUCACCCCCAAGUUCAAGGAUGUCAAAAACUUGGUGGAGAUGUUGACAUACUCUUACGAUGCCGUGGAAAAGCAGAAGAUGCCUUUGUUGCCAUUUGCCAAGUCCUCAGGUGAGGCUGCCAGAUCCGUCUUGUACGACCCACCAAUUGCUGAGUUUUCUGUUUUGCAGACCAUUUUCGACACCAAAGCCGGCCAGAAACAGCACUUUGAUGAGUUUGACGGUCCAUCCAUCGUCAUUGCUACCAACGGUACUGGAAGCAUCAAGAUCAAGGGCGAGGAAGCCAAGAAGGUGGAGACUGGUUACGUCUUCUUUGUUGCUCCAGGAACUGAGAUUGAGUUGGAGUCUUCUUCUACCGAUGCUCCAUUUACCACGUAUAGAGCAUUUGUGGAGACUAACUAG